AUGAUUGAGGACAAUCACUCCUUGGCAACUGAAUUUAUCCUUACAGGAUUUACAAAUAAUCCAGAGCUGAAGACUCUUCUGUUUGUAGUGUUCUUUGCUGUCUAUCUGAUCACCAUGGUGGGGAAUCUUGGUUUGUUGGCAUUGAUCUUCACGGAGAACUGUCUUCACACACCAAUGUACAUCUUUCUGGGUAACUUGGCUGUGAUGGAUGCCUGUUGUUCUUGUGCCAUUACCCCAAAGAUGUUAGAGAACUUCAUUUCUAAGGACAGAACGAUCACUCUCCAUGAAUGCAUGGUACAAUUUUAUUUUUUCUGCCUUGCUGAAACUGCCGACUGCUUUCUCCUGGCAGCAAUGGCCUAUGAUCGCUAUGUGGCUAUAUGCAGACCACUGCAGUACCACACCAUGAUGUCAAAGCUACUUUGCAUUCAGAUGACAAUAGGGGCCUACAUAGCUGGGAAUUUGCAUUCCAUUAUUCAUGUAGUACUUCUAUUAAGGCUAAACUUCUGUGGAUCUCAUCAAAUCAAUCACUUUUUUUGUGAUGUUCUUCCAUUAUUCAGACUCUCCUGUGUUGACCCUUAUAUCAAUGAACUGAUGAUACUUAUCUUUGCUGUGUCAAUUCAGAUCUUCACUAUUACUGUAGUCUUAAGCUCUUAUUUUUCCAUCCUUUUCACUAUUUUCAAAAUGAAAUCCAAAGAGGGAAGAGGCAAAGCCUUAUCUACUUGUGCAUCUCACUUUCUCUCUAUCUCAAUAUUCUAUGGUUGUCUAAUCUUCAUGUACAUUCAAGCACGUUCAGUGAAAGGUGAUAACGAUAUACCAGUUGCUAUAUUUUAUACUAUCAUAAUUCCUUUAUUAAACCCUUUUAUUUAUACUCUAAGAAAUAAGGAAGUAAUAAAUGUUAUGAAAAGAAUUAUGACAAACAGGAAACCUCAUAACAUUCUCAAACUAAUAUCAUCUAAGUGUGUCAAUCCACCUCAUUAA